UAGGGUUCUUGCGAGUGAGCUAGGCGAUGGAUCUCGCGAAGACGAGAGGGCGGGUCGUGACGCUCAUCACGGCCUUCAUCGUUCUCACGUUCCUUGCCGAGAAAUCCCGGCAGAUUGUCGGUGAGGAGCGAUCGUCGCAAUCCGGGAAGUUCUCCUGGAUGGACUGCUUCGAUCUAGGCAGCGGCACGCUGGCGUGCUCGAUCAAGGAGGGCGUCAAGCUCUACACGUACAACAUCCGCUCCGGGAUCGUGGAGAAAUCCCGGCACAAGGCCUACGAGAUCGCCCUCGAGGACGCACUCCACGAGGGCCUGUCGAUCCAGGAGGCGUCCAGGGCGGCGGCGGUGGCCGGGAAGAAGGCCGCGAAGAUUUCCUCGCGCAAGGCGAGGAGGAUCACGGGGCCGGUCAUAGCGGCGGCGUGGGAUUUCUUCGAGGCGAUCUACUACGGCGGAGGGCCGAUCGAGGCGACGAUGCGCGGCGCUGGGACGAUGUGUGGGGCGUGGAUGGGAGGGAUCGAGGGGGAGAGGAAGCUCGGGCGGAUCGGCUAUCUCAUUGGCAGCCAUCUGGGGAAUUGGAUCGGCGGGAGAGUUGGAUUGAUGCUCUAUGACAUUGGCAACGCUGCGUGGUUUCUCAAGGAGCAAGCCACUGCGAUGCUUGGUGGAGGGAUCACGGUAGAGGAGGAGAGUGCCGUGGAAGUGGAGCUGUGACGAUGAUCCACGAAUCUAGGUAGCGUUUUCGCGUGAUCGAUCGGGAGUGCCACCGAUCGAGAGAAAGAGGAAAGAGCGAUUUGGAUGAUUGUUUAUAAAGUGUUUUAUAGUGGAGACGUUGAUUACCUA